AACGUAUGAAUCACUUGCAGGUAUAUAAAGGAGAGAUGUUAUACCGAAAAAUUAGAUGCAUUUAUUAGUUUGUUCAAAUUUUAUUUCUGAACAGCUUCAACAUGUUGAUUAAGUGUGAAUUUUUGCUGUUUGUUGCCUGCUUUUCGUGUUUCGUUUUAAAUGUUCUAAGCACUCCUCCUCCACCUCCUCCUCCCCCCUCUGAAUUGUAUUUCAAAACUCUUUCGGAAGACAGUAUAGACGAGUGUGCCAAAAAAACUGGUCUAACUAAAGAUGAUAUGAAAGCAGAAGUAGGUACAGAAAUCCCUGAGCCCAAAAAGUGUAUGGUACAAUGCCUGGGUACCAAAAUCAAACUCAUAAAGAGCGAUGGUAGUAUUGACACUUCUGUAGUAAAGGAAAAUCUUGGAUCUAUGAUUGCGGAUAAAGCCGAUUCAAUCAAGGAAUGCUUGGAUGGUAUAAGCAAACCAAUGAAGACCUGUGAUGAUGUUGAUGAAAUUAUUAAGUGCUAUCCUAGACCAGAAAAGCCGUAGUUUUAGACUUUAUAAAUAAGCCACAAUUAUUGUUGUAUUAAAAUAAAUGGUUAAAAGAUA